GGCGACCCGGGCUGGGCUCACACUGAGCUGGCUGUUGUUGUGCGGGUGUGUGUGUGUGUCGGUGACGCUACGCUGACUCAAUUGCCUCACUGCCGACAUGAACCUGUUCUGCUUCUCACUGGAGGGUUCUAUGGACAGCCUGUAUGAGGCCGUGCAGGCUUCCAGCGAUGGGCCCCCUAAGCCCGUCCCCAGCCGCUCAUCCAGCCGCUCGUGCAGCCGUUCGUGCAGCCCGGCGCUCCUGCUGGACAACGAUGCAAAGUGGAGAGGUUCUGGACGGUCAAUUUCUAUGGACAUGUCUGUAAGGACAGGCACCAACACUCAUAAAAAGAACCGAAGGACACAUGUGUCCAAAUCGGCAUCAGACAAUGAAGCACUGGCAGAUAACGCCGUGGGUAAUACGGCGGUUUGGAAGCCCGCCAAGAGCCCAGAGGAUUUAGUCCACAUCUCCAACAAUCACAAUGAAGAAAUGAAAAGGACAAAGCACAAAGUGGAUUCCAAAGGAGGGAAAACUCAAGCUCAUCAUGCUGCCACCAAAAAACGGGACAAAAACUCUCCAAGUCAGAACAACAAAGGAGCUUCAACAGAAUCCAAACCAGCUGCCAAAAGAACCCAAAAAUCUGGAAAGAAACCCGCUGGGAAGAGUGGGAAAGAUGGGACAAAGAAAAAUUCCACAGUGCGCUCCCCACCAAGAACCACAAGCCCUCCUGUGGGCCCACACUACCUGAAUGUACCCUACAGGUCAGACACGAGGCUCUACCUGGGCAAAUCCUCCACCCUUCCCACUCAGGAGAACACAACUCCAGGACGCUGCCCGGACAUGAUCAGUCUCCCGGGUGGUGCGACGCCCACUCACGCCCACCACUACACGCACAACCAGCGCUGGAGCAACCCGGGUGGCAAUAGUCCCGUCUGGGCCACGGUGCAGCACACCUGCCGCAGGCCGCUGACGGAGUACCGGGUGUGCUCCCACGACUUCAGCCAGACUCAUGCAAAGGCGGAGUGGCAGGGCGGACAAGAGCGCGAUGGCAUCUUGGACACAAACUGUAAACCCCCGAUUCCCCCGAAGGUGACGCGGUCCAUCACUGAGGUGGAUCUGGCAGAACCCAAUCGUUCCACGAGCUUUGGCAGGUUUGAAGGCCUCCGGCAAAAUCCACCUGCAGCCAAAGCAGAGGAAAACGGAACCAAUUUGCUGCCGGAAGAAUGUGAAAGCGCAGACCCACACAAAUCAGCUGGAAUUGGGAAGAAAAUGAAGGCAAUUUCACUGACCAUGCGCAGGAAAAUGGGCAAAAAGCAUGCAAAGUCCUUCUCAGAGGAGAUGGGCGAUGACACAGAGACAGAGACUGGACCUGCAGCUGAAAAGAACUCUGCAAUGAACAGCAACUCAUUGGAGAGUCUUUACAGUGGCCAAAGCUCAUCUAGUGGUGUAACCAGUGAGUCCAAUGGUUCAGGACAGAGGGACAGUCUGAGGCUGGAGGAGGAUGGUUCCUAUCAGGGUCAGUUCUGCGGCAGAGCUCGUGUCCACACGGACUUUGUCCCCAGCCCGUAUGACACUGACUCCCUCAAACUCAAGGCUGGUGACAUCAUCAACAUCAUCAGCAAGCCUCCAAUGGGCAUCUGGACGGGGCUGCUCAACAACAAGGUGGGAAACUUCAAGUUCAUCUAUGUGGAUGUUCUGGUGGAGAAAGAGGAGAAGGAGGAAGAAGAUGAAGCUCCCAAGAUACGACAACAGAAAAUGUGCAAAAGACCUCGACCAAAAACGCUUCUGGAACUGCUUGAGCGUCUGAAUCUGGAGGAGUAUGCCUCCGCCCUGCUGCUCAAUGGCUACCAGACGGUUGAGGACCUCAUGCACCUGCAGGAAAAACACCUGAUUGAGCUCAACGUCAAAGACCCCGAGCACAGACACAAGCUGCUGGCAGCCGCCCAUUGCCACUACCCGGAAGGUGAUGAUGUGAGGGACGUAGAAGAGAGGGUACCCUCCAGCGCGCCCCAGGAAGAAGACAGCGACUGUCCAAGAGACUCUGGCUGUUUCAUCCCGUCCGAGUGCUCGGACAGCAAGGAAGACACGGAGCAGCUGGCGGAUGACGUGGCUUCUUAACGUGAUCCUCAUUUGACCAAUUCAAAAUAACAUACGGACUUUGUCACCGUUGCCAUGCGUGUGAAUUUCAUUAUAAAUAAUCACAUUUCAAAGCAAUAACCAAUUUGGAUUUAUUGCAUUCAAAAAUAUGCAUUGUAUUUAUUUCGUUCGAAAUCAUGCAGCAUUUUUUCUUAUAAAGCCUUUAUUUAUCAUCUCUUGUUUCUGUUGUCGUGUUUUUAUUUCCUAUGAAUAAACAGGUGUUUUGUCUGGGAUUUGGAAAAUGUAUAAAACAUUUAAACUUGCCUUUACUGUACAUAUGGUAUGCUGUGCUACUGGGAAAGGAAACAGAAACGCUGUUAAUGUGAGCUCUUCUGUAAAUAACAUUAAAUAAAC